GAAGCUGUUCCGGGUUAAAGCGGCACAGCUGUAAACAACAACAUGAGGACGAAGCUAGAGUCCUGUAACCUCUUCUUACAGUAGAGUCUGUCGGUUAACACACUGGUUGUCACUUCGACACCGCGUCCUCUCCGUUUUCGUGUUUACUCCUGAACAUAUUCCCGCUGCGUGCGGUCCUGCGCGGCCAUGUUGUUGCUCCGGACUGCGGCUCUCAGCUGCAGAGGUCUACCCGCCCUGCGCUGCCUGCCCGCCGGCUACACCGCCUCUAGAGCCGCCGCUACAUACAUCCAGGGCCAGAGCCCCGAACCACGCAUCCGAGAGUAUUUCUACUACAUCGACCACCAAGGACAGCUUUUCCUCGAUGACACUAAAGUAAAGAAUUUUGUCACCUGCUUCAAAGACAAACAGUUCCUGGUCUUCUUCUUCAGUCGUCUGCGUUCUAAUCAGAGCGGGCGAUAUGAGGAGGACUUCCCCUUCCUGUCCCUGUGCGGGAGGGAGAGGAACUUCCUUCGCUGCGAUGACCGGCCCGUGGUCUUCACCCACCUGCUGCAGACCCCCACACAGCCAGGCCAGGAGCUACUGUCGUACUGUGGCGGGGCGGAGAAGCUGUCCGUCCCGUUCCGCCCCGAGGCUCUGUACAUGCACCCUGUCAGCGGGCGACUGUAUCACCCCUGCUCAGAGCGCUCAGGGGGGGUCGGCCUGGUCCGGUCGGCUCUGGCCAUCGAGCUCAGCCCGUUCUUUGUUUAUGCUCCAGAGCAGGGCCAAUCAGGACAGCCGACACAUUUUCUCUGGGGAGGACAGAAGCACACGCUGACCAAUGAGCUGGCAGGAUGUUUCUCCUCAGCAGAGGAGGGCAGCGGGCAGCACGGAGAACUGGGAUAAGGAACAGAGGUGUUCUUUAGAGUCUGAAAAUUAUUCCUCAUCCACAUAUGUCUGAUUUUCCAAUGUGGACAGUGGGAAAAGACAACUGCUGUGUCCCACAUGGACACUUGUGCUCACAGUGUGGUUGUUACUGACUGAAGCAUGGGCUGAUGUGUCCUCCUGUUCUAAUUUGACAUGUGAGAAGUGGGAAGUCAUUCACUGACGCUGCAGAGUGUUUGAUGUAGGUGUAAUUGGUUAAAUCAGUGAUUCCCAACCUUCUUUUGGCUUGAGACAACUUCAGCACAGUGUCUACUUGCAUCCUCAUUACAGUUAUUUUGUCCCCAGGUUCAUUUAAAUCAUAUUUAGAGUCUUGAAGAGAUAAAACAAUAAAAUAAAAAGCAGAAAUAGGGGAAAAGUCUGAAAAACAUAGGCAUACUUUUGUUUUGCGACUGCUCAGAUUUACUGACUUAAAGCUACAGUGGUUGAGACAGAGAAAGAGGCUGAAAGCUUUUAUUUUUAAAUGCUGUAUGACACAAACCUAGUAGAAAACAACACUCACAAGUCUGUUUAGUAUCACGGUCAUCUUCCAGCUUGACGCCCUGUCACGCAAAUGUGGUACUUCUGAAUAAAUCCAGAGGGAAAUACAUGAGUUAUUUUAUCAAAUUUGUUGAAGAGAAUCAAGCAGUUACUUGGUACAUUAGGUUCAGAUCCUUAGAUACAAAAUAAUCUAUGAAAUCUAUAUCUAGAAAAACAUAUACAAGCAACAUAUAUAAAAACAGCUGCAGUGUCUCCAUAAGUGCAGCAAAUAAAUACUUAGAGAUGUAAGAUUGAUGCUUGGAUAAUACAGAAAGUACUGCAUUUGAAUCUAACUAUACUAAAAGUGAUGCAAAUACCAACAACCUGUUACAAACAUUUUGAAAUCUACUACUGAAGAUACUUGAGGAAAAUUCUGCCGUGAAUAAAUAAGAUGAUGUGAA